AUGCCCUUCACUUCCCACCCUCUGUGUUUGUCUCUAAGGAGAUCUUGUACAGGGAACAAGCCAAGCUUUGGGGGCCACCAUCUGGAGCUACUACAGAAGUGGGCUCUAAAAGAGUUCCAGCUAUGGCUGCUCAACAAAGCACUCCUGAAGAGCACCUCCAGGCACAAAGUUGUUCAGCCAGAAAAAGCAAGUGGAAUGAAGACGACCUCAGAACUGAUGACUCCAUUUGGAGCCAAGGAUCUAACCCCAGAAGCCAGAAAAAUAACAUCCAAGAACCAGAAGACAAAGAAGUCUUUCCCUUGGAAAAAUGAGUAUUUCACUCAACUGCUACUUCUACAAAAACCUUACCCCAAAGGCCAGGAGCCCCUCUUCAGGAAAAGCUGGCAUCAGGAUGAAGUGGAGGAGAGAGGACAUUUGAUUGACAUCCGAGAUUUAUUUGGCCCAAGUCUAGACACCCGGGGACCAUCUCCAACAGUCAUACUGUGUGGGUCUGCCGGAAUUGGGAAAUCGACUCUGGCCAGGCAGGUGAGAGGAGCCUGGGAAGAAGGGCGGCUGUAUAGAGACCGAUUCCAGCACAUCUUUUUCAUCAAUUGCAGAGAGCUAGACCAGCAUGGCAUUUUGAGUCUGGCUGAGCUUCUUGAAAAGGACCCAGCUGUCCCAGAAGUUCGCAUUCAUGAGAUCCUGUCUAGUCCAGAGCAGCUGCUUGUCAUCUUAGAUGGUGUGGAUGAGCUACAUUGGACUGUAGAGAGGAAGAUAUCUUACUUUGGUCUGCACUGGAGCAAGCGUCAUCCAAUUUACAUGCUACUAAGCAAUUUGCUGAGUAGAAUCAUGCUUCCUGAGGCUUCCCUGCUCAUCACAGCGCGGACCACAACUCUCUCUAAGCUGGUCCCUUUCUUGAAGCAGCCAUGUCAGGUGGAAGUCCUGGGCUUCUCUGAGUGCAGCAGGAAGGAAUAUUUCUACAAAUAUUUCCCAGAUGAGAGCCAAGCGCUCAAAGCCUUUAGCUUGGUUGAAUCAAACCCCGAACUCUUGACUCUGUGUCUGGUGCCCUGGGUGUCGUGGCUGGUCUGCACAUGCCUCAAGCAGCAGAUGGAGCGCGGGGAGGAGCUUCCACUCACUUCUCAGACCACCACAGCCCUCUGUCUGCACUACCUUGUCCAGAAUCUCCCAGCUCAACUCCUGGGGACACAUCUCAGGGGGAUAUGCUAUCUGGCUGCUGAAGGAAUCCUUUGGGGAAAGACUGUAUUCACUAUGGAUGACUUGAGGAAGUAUGGUUUAAGGCAGGAUGUCAUUCCCAAUUUAUUAGGGAUUGCUAUCCUUCAAGACCACCAAUCUAUGAGCUACAGCUUCAUUCACCUAUGUUUCCAGGAGUUCCUUGCAGCAGUGUCUUUUGCCUUAUGGGAUGAAUAUCCUAUCUUCCUGAUAGCAGAGAAAGACUUGAAAGUACAGUAUAGAAGGCAUCACCUCUUUGGAGAACCAACCAUUCACUUCCUCUUUGGUCUUUUAAGUGAACAAGUAACAAAAGAGAUGAAAUGCAUUACCCACCAACUGCCUCAGAUGAAGAAACGGGAGCUGCUAUUUUGGACAGAGAUAAAAUACAGGUACCAGCAGCCAUUUUCACUGAAAGUGCUUCACUGUCUUUAUGAGACUCAGGAUGAAGACUUUCUGACCCAAGUUAUGCAAAGAUUCAGGAGAACCAGAAUGUACCUCCGUACAGACAUGGAGCUUCUGGUGGCCACUUUCUGUAUUAAAUUCUGCAGCCAUGUGAAGAGGCUUCAGCUGAUUGGACCACAGAGACAAACAGUCAACCUGAAUCCAAAUGGGAGCUUGGAAGUGUCCAUGUGGGCCCCACUCACUGAUACCUCGUGGAAGGUUCUCUUCUCCACUCUCAAGGUCAGUGGAAGCCUGAAGGAAUUGGACUUAAGUGGCAAUCCACUGAGUUGUUCUGCAGUGCAGAGUCUGUGUGAGACCCUAAGACACCCCCAGUGCCAUCUGGAGAUCUUGAGGCUGGCCAGAUGUGGCCUCACCUCCAGCUGCUGCCAGGACCUGGCCUCUGUGCUUAGCAACAGCUGCAGGCUGAGGGAACUCGACCUGCGAAAGAAUGACCUGGGUGACCUUGGUGUGAAGCUGCUCUGCGAGGGUUUCAAGCAUCCUGCCUGCCAACUCACAUUCCUACGGCUAGACCAGACCUCUCUGAGUGACACAGUGAAGGCGGAACUGAAGGCCCUAGAGGAAAAGAGACUUGAGCUGCUCAUCUCAACACUGUGGAAGACAAGUGAGCUGACCCCUACUGAGAGAUCAGAUGAAGGAGAUAACAGCCCCAGGUCACUAGAGGAGCAGAGACCAAACUCAGAGGAAGAUGCCGGACUAGCAUCAAAGCUGGGACUCUUGCAUCUGUCUGCUCCCUCAUCAACCAUCCUGCCCGGGGAUUGUCUAGCAACAGAAGAUGUCUUCUUGGGUCCCAUAGGGCGUGUGAAUACUGAGCUGAUUGACAGCGAAAGGCACCUGUGCUGUGUUCACUUCCCUGUGGCCGGCUUCUACCACUGUCCCAACAUGGGUCUGGGCUUUGUGGUGAGCAGGGCAGUGACCAUCACCAUUGAAUUCUGUUCCUGGGACACUUGCCUGGACAAGACUUGGCUGCAGCACACCUGGAUGAUAGCAGGGCCUCUGUUUGGCAUCAGGGCUGAGCAAGGAACUGUAGCUGCUGUGCACCUCCCUCACUUUGUGAACCUCCAAGGUGAGCAUGUGGACAUCUCUCAGUUCAACGUGGCCCACUUUAAAGAGGAGGGGAUGCUGCUGGAGAAGCCAGCCAGGGUGGAGCCACGAUGUGCAGUGCUGGAGAACCCCAGCUUCUCACCAAUAGGAGUUCUACUGAGGAUGAUUCCUGGCGCCCGGCACUUCAUCCCCAUCAUCUGCACCACAUUGCUGUACUACUACCUGAGUCCUGAUGAAGUCACCUUGCACCUCUACCUGGUCCCCUGUGACUGCAGCAUUCAGAAGGCCAUAGAUGAUGAAGAAGAAAAGUUUCAAUUUGUAAGAAUACACAAGCCACCCCCACUGGAUGCCCUGUACCUGGGUUCUCGCUAUGUUGUAUCUGGAUCUGGGAAGAUGGAUAUCAUCCCCCAGGAACUGGAGCUGUGCUAUCGGAGCCCUGGAGUAUCCCAGCUCUUCUCUGAGAUCUCUGUUAGAGAGCUGGACUCAGAUAUCAGGCUGAAAAUGGAAGAGAAGAAAAAUACUACUCUAAUAUGGGAGACCUUGCUGAAACCAGGAGAUUUCAGAUCACCAGCUACUCCAGGACUUCCAGCCCCCAAAGGUCGCCGGGCCUUGCCACACUUUGUGGACAGGCAUCGGAAGCAGCUGGUGGCUCGAGUGACAUCUGUGGACUCAGUCUUGGACAUGCUGCAUGGACAGAUGCUGAGUGAGGAGCAGUAUGAGCAGGUACGGGCUGAGGCCACAAGCCCAGCCCAGAUGCGGACGCUGUUCAGCUUCAGCCGUUCCUGGGACCAGAAUGGCAAAGACCAACUCUACAAAGCUCUGAAGAAGACACAUCCUCACUUGAUCAUGGAACUCUUGGAGGGGUGA